GAAAGAAUGGAAAGAAUAGAAAAGAGGCGGAAAAGAAGACCAGCACAUAAGCAGUAAGCAACCUCAACCUUCCCUACCUAGGUGGAAAUUUAACCAACCUCAACACUCAACACCAACCCUCCCUCUGAUCACCCAAAAGUUUCCAAAACUGCAGAAUCGUAUUCCUUGAUAUUACAUUACAUGCUUACACUCUUUACCAAAAUGAUCUCGGAGGCUUAAAUAGUUCUUCAAUUCGGUGCUGAAAAGAGCGGAUAUUUGUGAUGAGUGUCACUGCAACGUUCUUGAGAGAUGGCUGAAAAUUAAUGGUGAUACAUUCUGAUGCAUUUAUCAAGCCAAUACUGAUUGAGAAAAUUAAUACUUUCCGAUCAUCAGCCUCGGGAUAGAGAGGGGAAAGAGAAGAGGAAAGGGAAAACAGAAACGGGAAAAGAGAAGAGAGAAAAGGGAAUAGGGAAAAAGAGAGAGGCUUACUCCCUUCUGGGUUUUGUAUAAAUUGUUUGCUUUCAACUCCUCACAUCUAGUUUUUAGGAUCUCAAGAGUUUGGAUACGAAGUUAUUCCCCAUUCGCUUUACGCUUCACGCUUCACGCUUCACGCCUUACGCCUUACGCAUUUACGAAUCAAUUCCGAAAGAGCUUUCAUAUCAUCAUUCCUUGAUACCCUUGAUAAUAUUUUCAUUACAUAUAUAUAUCCAUAUAUAUACAUACAUAUACCCUUUGGACUAAAGGUAUGAAUUCAAUCUUCUCUGGUAUUCGUAUCUCGGGUUCCAUUUUACUAAGUACAUGACGACAGAAUCAUCAUUUUUGUCGUGUGGUCCCUCGUUUCUGCCGAGAACACUACAUUCUCUUCGCCGACAUUAAGCUACACAAAAACAAAGAUGGAUGAAUAUGAAGGUCAAAAAGGUGUUCUUCCUAAACGUAUAAUUCUAUGUUGUGAUGGAACAUGGAUGGACAGGUAAGAUCUUAUAGUUGUCCUUCACUCAAAUCACAUGGGCAAUCCUACUGACUAUCAACAUUAGUGACGAUGGGUUCAACAAACCAACACUCAUUCCUUACAAACCAACUGGUACAUUACAAGUGAGCUACACCUGCUUUACUCUUAUAUAAAACAUAUUCCUCGUUGAUCAAAUUUCAGACUCGCGUUAUUUGAUCCAGACCUUAUCGUACCACAACCCCCUUCACCGCCAUCUCCACUUUCCAGCCAACUAAUUUUACCUCUUCAUAGACUCCAAGUAACGUGACUCGUCUUUCACGAGCUUUGAAAAGAUAUGGUCGAGAUGGUACUCAUCAAAUUAUUUAUUAUCAUUCCGGUGUCGGUACCGGUAGUACUAUGAUGGAUACCCUCAGUGGAGGUAUGCUCGGCACUGGUAUUUCUGAGGUAAUAAUUGCUCUAUCCCGGGCUUGGAUAUGUACUGACAUACACCAAGAACAUUCGUGAAGUUUACAGUUUUAUUGCUGCCAAUUAUAGUCCUGGCGAUGAAAUUAUUCUUGUCGGUUUCUCUCGUGGAGCAUUCACUGCUAGAAGUGUUGCAGGAAUGAUCUCUGAUAUUGGGCUACUCACCCGUCAUGGCAUGACCAACUUCUAUGCUGUGUUCAAAGACCAGGAGAAUUUCAGAAAUCCCGAUUACCAUGAUAUCUUCCCGGAUCUUCCAUUUUCAGACAAACCAAAAGACGGUGAUGAGUACAAGAAGAGAUUGGAAGAAGAAGGUUUAACCCGAGUCCAUGAUCCGGAUGGAUCUAAAAUUCGAAUUCAUGCGGUUGCUGUGUGGGAUACUGUAGGUUCUCUGGGUAUUCCAAAUAUUGCUCUACUUGCAAAACUUGGACUUCCACAUUCAACCAAGGAAUAUAAAUUUCACGAUACGAAUCUUUCCGGUUACAUCAGACAUGCUUUCCAAGCUUUGGCACUCGACGAAAAUCGAAGGCCUUUUAGUCCUGCUGUAUGGGAGAUAAGGGAUUUCGAUGAUGAGCCUACUGAUCUACGACAAGUCUGGUUCCCAGGAAGUCAUGCAAAUGUCGGAGGAGGGUAUGAUGAUCAGGAAGUUGCAAACAUUACUUUGGCCUGGAUGAUGGAUCAGCUUGCUUCUAUUGGGAUUGCUUUUCAUGAUGAUGCUAUCGACGUCAUCUUUCGAAAGAGUGUUCAUUACUACGAAAGUCUGCCACCUCCUUCUACUUCCAUCUUCAGGUUCUCGAAGCCAAUCAAUGAAUGGGCAACGCCAGCCGUGUACGAAAAACAUCACCCGGUUCGCCCAUGGGCUCUGGGUAAAAUUUAUAGCUCAAAUACCGGAAUUGUAAGUAUAGUUAUUUCUGGUCGUAUCCCAAUAUUGAUCAUAGCCUUGUCGAAUAACAGGGACUGACAUUUAAUAGUGGACUCUCGCAGGUAAACAGACGAGAACUCCUGGUCUUUACAAACGUUUAGAUCCAGAUACAGGUGACUCAACUGGGGUACCAAUGACACAUACUAAUGAACGUAUCCACUCAAGUGUACGAAUUCGACUUGAUCUUGGAGGACUUGGUGAUGACGACAUGACGAAGUAUAAAUGCCCAGCGCUGCUCAAGAAGGGACCGUGGCGGCUUGAUCAAAUUCGUAUUAAAGUUACAGAUCCUAUCCCGCCAACUGCCACGUGGGGUCCAACGGCGCCAGCGGCACUAGACGAUGAACGUAAAAGCGAUUUUAGAUGGGUAUGGGAAUAUGAUGGACCGGAAAAGGAUGCUCCAAUCAUUCAAACUCUUAUCGAAGAAAAUCUCGGCCCAUAUGAAAGAAAAUUACUACUAUUGAAUAAAGGUAAGGGCAUGUUUCACAAGGUUAUUGAUGAGGCGAGUGCAGAUGAUCGUAGGGCUAUAACGACAGCCGAAAUUGAUGCCCGACGUGACAGUGAUUCAUGAAGUAAUUUUCAUAAGCGUUUGAUUUAUUAGGGGCUAGUUUCCGUCUGAUGAUCUAAUUUGAAGUUUGAGGGGAUGCGCUGAAGUUACUUUCAUUUUCAUGCUUAUUUUCCAAAUAUUGAAAAUCCUUUGAUUACACUCUUUUUGUUUCUUAAAAUGGAGGAAUUGGGAGCGGAUUGAUACAAAAAUUUGAAUGGCUGGGAAUCUUGUGAAGGGCGUCUUUCAUUACUUAAUUUCCAAUAAUUUUAUCACAUCUCUCGUUACAUAUCAAAACCAUCUUUAGAUGAAAUGAUAAUGUAGUUAGGAGAUGUUAUCUCCAAACACAAAUUUAAAUAGAUCUUCUUGCUGAUUUUUCAUCUUUUAUAAGGAAUAGAGCGCGUUAAAUAUCAAGAAUCACUUAUGCAUCGACGACGAAAAAAGAAAAAGAGAAGAUCACAUCGAACGUCCACGAGAUCCAUGGCGGAAAAAGCUCAUAUGACAUCCGAUGAUUUAUUACUAGGAGAUGCGGCUGUGAAUGGCGAACAUAGACGAAGAAGAAACCAGAUGGGAAGAGAUGAGGUGGUUAGUUAUGGGAGUGGACCGAUUGUUACUGGGGAGGAAUUGGAAGAGGAUGAGAAAUCGGAGAAGUUACGUGGGAUCUCUAGUUAUAAUGGGGAGAGAAGGAAGUCGAGGCAACAUCGGAUUUAUGGACAAGGUUUUGGAGAAUUGCCGGUUAGGAGUCGAACGAGAGUUACAGCUGAUCCGAGGGAUUCUGCUUUGGAAAGAGACAUGAGAGAGCUGGAGCGGGCGAGGGCUGGAAUGACUGCGGAUGUUAAUAAGACGAACUCGAGAAUUAGAAUUGUUCCGACUGGAGAUGAAGAGCCGGAAAGAAGAGAUAGAGGAGCAGGAUCACUUCCACGAGUCGAAAUUCAACAUUCGGAACAACAGGAUGAAAUUAUCGUAUUCGAAGAAGAUGGAGCUCCGGAUGAACGAUCACGCUCACAUCGUAGAUCAAGAGUUGGUAAUCGUGAACGCGCUGGAAGUUCAGCGAGAACAAUUGAUACGUGGGAAAGGAGUGAAGUUGGUGAGAGUACUGUUUUGACGCAGGCGCCGAGGGAAGUGGUGGUGAGAGAGGGAAAGAUUUGAAGGUUGUGAGGGAGAGGGAGAAGAAGUGGAUAGUUGGGAGAGAAGGUGAGUGAUAUUGAAGAGGAUAGAGAAGAGUGGAUAAGGGGGGAGGAGGGAUGAAAGAAAUGUCGGAAAAUAGGUGGAGGGAAUGGUCGUGGUCGGAGAAAGAUGGAAUGGUCAG